AUGACCAAAGAGAGAUACAGUGACCUUAAAAUCAGAGAAAACGAGUUUAGAAAGAAUAAAACAGGAUUGGACAGAAUAGCUGAGAAGAUGAAGAAAGAGAGGGAACAAAUUCAUCAGCUAAUCAUGGACGUUGUGACAAAAAGAGAUGAAGUCAAUGAUAACCGAUUUGCAAUGGAACAGCAAAAUAGGGACUUGAGUGUUCUCAGACAGGAACAUUGUCAAAAGAGCAAAGAGAUUGCAUUUGCCAGAACCAACAUAAGUACAGAGAUGGAAAAGCUACUCAAAAUGAAGGCUGAUUUUGAAACUGAAAAAAUACUGCAUGCCAAAGACACGGAGACGAUGGAACAACUACAAUCUGAGCAGAAAGUGUUGCAAGAUCACUUUAGGUCUUGUAUCCUGUCAAUGAGAAGAGUGACAGAUGAUUUAAAGGCAAAGUAUGAAAAGAAACUUGAAGACAUUGACAAAAAGGUUGUCAAAUUAGAAGCGAAAAAUGAAGGUUUGCCGAAAUUGUUGCUUAAAUUUAAGCAAAUGCUGGAAGAUAGUAAUCGAGGCAGAAAUCAAAUAUCAAUCAACAACAAACUAAUAGGAGGAAAGAUUCAGCUGGACAAUUUGCUUUCAAAUGUAGUGAAAGAAUCAGAAGAAAUAAAACAUCUGAAAACAAAACUUUUGGUGGAAAAACAAAACCUGGACAAACUGAAGAACAACAUUAAACAAGAGAAAGAAAUCCUGAUCAAAGCCAAUGAGCUCAUGAGCAAAGAAAAACUGGAGAUUGUUUUGAUGAAGUCUGAUAUGCAAAAACAAAUGAUCGCAUUGAAAGAGAAUCAACGCAUGACCAAAGAGAGAUACAGUGACCUUAAAAUCAGAGAAAAUGAGUUUAGAAAGAAUAAAACAGGAUUGGACAGAAUAGCUGAGAAGAUGAAGAAAGAGAGGGAACAAAUUCAUCAGCUAAUCAUGGACGUUGUGACAAAAAGAGAUGAAGUCAAUGAUAACCGAUUUGCAAUGGAACAGCAAAAUAGGGACUUGAGUGUUCUCAGACAGGAACAUUGUCAAAAGAGCAAAGAGAUUGCAUUUGCCAGAACCAACAUAAGUACAGAGAUGGAAAAGCUACUCAAAAUGAAGGCUGAUUUUGAAACUGAAAAAAUACUGCAUGCCAAAGACACGGAGACGAUGGAACAACUACAAUCUGAGCAGAAAGUGUUGCAAGAUCACUUUAGGUCUUGUAUCCUGUCAAUGAGAAGAGUGACAGAUGAUUUAAAGGCAAAGUAUAAAAAUAAACUUGAAAACAUUGACAAAAAGGUUGUCAAAUUAGAAGCGAAAAAUGAAGGUAUGCCAAAAUUAGUGCUAACAAUAAAGCACAUGCUGGAAAAUAGUAAUCAAGGCAGAGAUCAAAUAUCAAUCAACAACAAACUAAUAGUAGGAGGAAAGAUUCAGCUGGACACUUUGCUUUCAAAUAUUGUGAAAGAAACAGCAGAAACAAAACAUCUGAAAACAAAACUGUUGGUGGAAAAACAAAACCUGGACAAACUGAAGAACAACAUUAAACAAGAGAGAGCAUACCUGAGCAAAGCCAAUAUGCUCAUGAGCAAAGAAAAACUAGAGCUGGCCUUGAUGAAGUCUGAUAUGCAAAAACAAUUGAUCACAUUGGAGGAGAAUCAACACAUGAUUAAAGAGGGAAACAUUGACCUUGAAAUCAGAGAAAAAGAGUUAAAAAAGAAAACAAUGGGACUGGACACAAUAGCUGAGAAGAUGAAGAAGGGAAGGGAACAAAUUCACCAGCUAAACAUGGAUGUUGGGACGAAAAGAGAUGAAGUCAAUGAUAACCGAUGUGCAAUGGAACAGCAAAAUAAGGACUUGAGUGUUCUCAGACAGGAACAUUGUCAAAAGAGCAAAGAGAUUGCAUUUGCCAGAACAAAAAUAAGUACAAAGAUGGAAAAGUUACUCAAAAUGAAGGCUACUUUUGAAACUGAAAAAAUACUGCAUGCCAAAGACACGGAGACGAUGGAACAACUACAAUCUGAGCAGAAAGUGUUGCAAGAUCACUUUAGGUCUUGUAUCCUGUCAAUGAGAAGAGUGACAGAUGAUUUAAAGGCAAAGUAUGAAAAGAAACUUGAAGACAUUGACAAAAAGGUUGUCAAAUUAGAAGCGAAAAAUGAAGGUAUGCCGAAAUUGUUGCUUAAAUUUAAGCAGAUGCUGGAAGAUAGUAAUCAAGGCAGAAAUCAAAUAUCAAUCAACAACAAACUAAUAGGAGGAAAAAUUCAGCUGGACAAUUUGCUUUCAAAUGUAGUGAAAGAAUCAGAAGAAAUAAAACAUCUGAAAACAAAACUUUUGGUGGAAAAACAAAACCUGGACAAACUGAAGAACAACAUUAAACAAGAGAAAGAAAUCCUGAUCAAAGCCAAUGAGCUCAUGAGCAAAGAAAAACUGGAACUUGUUUUGAUGAAGUCUGAUAUGCAAAAACAAAUGAUCGCAUUGAAAGAGAAUCAACGCAUGACCAAAGAGAGAUACAGUGACCUUAAAAUCAGAGAAAAUGAGUUUAGAAAGAAUAAAACAGGAUUGGACAGAAUAGCAGAGAAGAUGAAGAAAGAGAGGGAACAAAUUCAUCAGCUAAUCAUGGACGUUGUGACAAAAAGAGAUGAAGACAAUGAUAACCGAUUUGCAAUGGAACAGCAAAAUAGGGACUUGAGUGUUCUCAGACAGGAACAUUGUGAAAAGAGCAAAGAGAUUGCAUUUGCCAGGACCAAAAUACAUACAGAUAUGGAAAAGCUACUCAAAAUGAAGGCUGAUUUUGAAACUGAAAAAAUACUGCACGCCAAAGACACAGAGACGAUGCAACAACUGCAAUCUAAACAGAAGGUGUUGCAAGAUUACUUUAAGUCUUGUAUCCUGUCAAUUGAAAGAGUGAGAUAUGAUUUAAAGGCAAAGUAUAAAAAGAAACUUGAAGACAUUGACAAAAAUGUUGUCAAAUUAGCAGCGAAAAUUGAAGGUAUGCCGAAAUUGUUGCUUACAAUAAAGCACAUGCUGGAAAAUAGUAAUCAAGGCAGAGAUCAAAUAUCAAUCAACAACAAACUAAUAGUCGGAGGAAAGAUUCAGCUGGACGCUUUGCUUUCAAACAUUGUGAAAGAAACAGCAGAAACAAAACAUCUGAAAACAAAACUCUUGGUGGAAAAACAAAACCUGGACAAACUGAAGAAGAACAUUAAACAAGAGAGAGCAUAUCUGAGCAAAGCCAAUAUGCUCAUGAGCAAAGAAAAACUAGAGCUGGCCUUGAUGAAGUCUGAUAUGCAAAAACAAUUGAUCACAUUGGAGGAGAAUCAACACAUGAUUAUAGAGGGAAACAUUGACCUUGAAAUCAGAGAAAAUGAGUUAAAAAAGAAAACAAUGGGACUGGACACAAUAGCUGAGAAGAUGAAGAAGGGAAGGAAACAAAUUCACCAGCUAAACAUGGAUGUUGGGACAAAAAGAGAUGAAGUCAAUGAUAACCGAUGUGCAAUGGAACAGCAAAAUAAGGACUUGAGUGUUUUUAGACAGGAACAUUGUCAAAAGAGCAAAGAGAUUGCAUUUGCCAGGACCAAAAUAAGUACAGGGAUGGAAAAGCUACUCAAAAUGAAGGCUGAUUUUGAAACUGAAAAAAUACUGCAUGCCAAAUACACGGAGACGAUGGAACAACUACAAUCUGAGCAGAAAGUGUUGCAAGAUCACUUUAGAUCUUGUAUCCUGUCAAUGAGAAGAGUGACAGAUGAUUUAAAGGCAAAGUAUGAAAAGAAACUUGAAGACAUUGACAAAAAGGUUGUCAAAUUAGAAGCGAAAAAUGAAGGUAUGCCGAAACUGUUGCUUACAAUAAAGCACAUGCUGGAAAAUAGUAAUCAAGGCAGAGAUCAAAUAUCAAUCAACAACAAACUAAUAGUAGGAGGAAAGAUUCAGCUGGACAAUUUGCUUUCAAAUGUAUUGAAAGAAUCAGAAGAAAUAAAACAUCUAAAAAAUAAACUUUUGGAGGAAAAACAAAACCUGGACAAACUAAAGAACAACAUUAAACAAGAGGAAGAAAUCCUGAGCAAAGCCAAUGAGUUCAUGAGCAAAGAAAAACUGGAGCUUGUUUUGAUAAGGUCUGAUAUGCAAAAACAAAUGAUCGCAUUGAAAGAGAAACAACGCAUGACCAAAGAGAGAUACAGUGACCUUAAAAUCAGAGAAAACGAGUUUAGAAAGAAUAAAACAGGAUUGGACAGAAUAGCUGAGAAGAUGAAGAAAGAGAGGGAACAAAUUCAUCAGCUAAUCAUGGACGUUGUGACAAAAAGAGAUGAAGUCAAUGAUAACCGAUUUGCAAUGGAACAGCAAAAUAGGGACUUGAGUGUUCUCAGACAGGAACAUUGUCAAAAGAGCAAAGAGAUUGCAUUUGCCAGAACCAACAUAAGUACAGAGAUGGAAAAGCUACUCAAAAUGAAGGCUGAUUUUGAAACUGAAAAAAUACUGCAGGCCAAAGACACGGAGACGAUGGAACAACGACAAUCUGAGCAGAAAGUGUUGCAAGAUCACUUUAAGUCUUGUAUCCUGUCAAUGAGAAGAGUGACAGAUGAUUUAAAGGCAAAGUAUGAAAAGAAACUUGAAGACAUUGACAAAAAGGUUGUCAAAUUAGAAGCGAAAAAUGAAGGUAUGCCGAAAUUGUUGCUUACAAUAAAGCACAUGCUGGAAAAUAGUAAUCAAGGCAGCGAUCAAAUAUCAAUCAACAACAAACUAAUAGUAGGAGGAAAGAUUCAGCUGGACACUUUGCUUUCAAACAUUGUGAAAGAAACAGCAGAAACAAAACAUCUGCAAACAAAACUCUUGGUGGAAAAACAAAACCUGGAAAAACUGAAGAACAACAUUAAACAAGAGAGAGCAUACCUGAGCAAAGCCAAUAUGCUCAUGAGCAAAGAAAAACUAGAGCUGGCCUUGAUGAAGUCUGAUAUGCAAAAACAAUUGAUCACAUUGGAGGAGAAUCAACACAUGAUUAAAGAGGGAAACAUUGACCUUGAAAUCAGAGAAAAUGAGUUAAAAAAGAAAACAAUGGGACUGGACACAAUAGCUGAGAAGAUGAAGAAGGGAAGGGAACAAAUUCACCAGCUAAACAUGGAUGUUGGGACAAAAAGAGAUGAAGUCAAUGAUAACCGAUGUGCAAUGGAACAGCAAAAUAAGGACUUGAGUGUUUUUAGACAGGAACAUUGUCAAAAGAGCAAAGAGAUUGCAUUUGCCAGGACCAAAAUAAGUACAGGGAUGGAAAAGCUACUCAAAAUGAAGGCUACUUUUGAAACUGAAAAAAUACUGCAUGCCAAAGACACGGAGACGAUGGAACAACUACAAUCUGAGCAGAAAGUGUUGCAAGAUCACUUUAGGUCUUGUAUCCUGUCAAUGAGAAGAGUGACAGAUGAUUUAAAGGCAAAGUAUGAAAAGAAACUUGAAGACAUUGACAAAAAGGUUGUCAAAUUAGAAGCGAAAAAUGAAGGUAUGCCGAAAUUGUUGCUUACAAUAAAGCACAUGCUGGAAAAUAGUAAUCAAGGCAGAGAUCAAAUAUCAAUCAACAACAAACUAAUAGUAGGAGGAAAGAUUCAGCUGGACACUUUGCUUUCAAACAUUGUGAAAGAAACAGCAGAAACAAAACAUCUGAAAACAAAACUCUUGGUGGAAAAACAAAACCUGGAAAAACUGAAGAACAACAUUAAACAAGAGAGAGCAUAUCUGAGCAAAGCCAAUAUGCUCAUGAGCAAAGAAAAACUAGAGCUGGCCUUGAUGAAGUCUGAUAUGCAAAAACAAUUGAUCACAUUGGAGGAGAAUCAACACAUGAUUAUAGAGGGAAACAUUGACCUUGAAAUCAGAGAAAAUGAGUUAAAAAAGAAAACAAUGGGACUGGACACAAUAGCUGAGAAGAUGAAGAAGGGAAGGGAACAAAUUCACCAGCUAAACAUGGAUGUUGGGACAAAAAGAGAUGAAGUCAAUGAUAACCGAUGUGCAAUGGAACAGCAAAAUAAGGACUUGAGUGUUUUUAGACAGGAACAUUGUCAAAAGAGCAAAGAGAUUGCAUUUGCCAGGACCAAAAUAAGUACAGGGAUGGAAAAGCUACUCAAAAUGAAGGCUGAUUUUGAAACUGAAAAAAUACUGCAUGCCAAAGACACGGAGACGAUGGAACAACUACAAUCUGAGCAGAAAGUGUUGCAAGAUCACUUUAGGUCUUGUAUCCUGUCAAUGAGAAGAGUGACAGAUGAUUUAAAGGCAAAGUAUGAAAAGAAACUUGAAGACAUUGACAAAAAAGUUGUCAAAUUAGAAGCGAAAAAUGAAGGUAUGCCGAAACUGUUGCUUACAAUAAAGCACAUGCUGGAAAAUAGUAAUCAAGGCAGAGAUCAAAUAUCAAUCAACAACAAACUAAUAGUAGGAGGAAAGAUUCAGCUGGACAAUUUGCUUUCAAAUGUAUUGAAAGAAUCAGAAGAAAUAAAACAUCUAAAAAAUAAACUUUUGGAGGAAAAACAAAACCUGGACAAACUAAAGAACAACAUUAAACAAGAGGAAGAAAUCCUGAGCAAAGCCAAUGAGUUCAUGAGCAAAGAAAAACUGGAGCUUGUUUUGAUGAAGUCUGAUAUGCAAAAACAAAUGAUCGCAUUGAAAGAGAAUCAACGCAUGGCCAAAGAGAGAUACAGUGACCUUAAAAUCAGAGAAAACGAGUUUAGAAAGAAUAAAACAGGAUUGGACAGAAUAGCUGAGAAGAUGAAGAAAGAGAGGGAACAAAUUCAUCAGCUAAACAUGGACGUUGUGACAAAAAGAGAUGAAGUCAAUGAUAACCGAUUUGCAAUGGAACAGCAAAAUAGGGACUUGAGUGUUCUCAGACAGGAACAUUGUCAAAAGAGCAAAGAGAUUGCAUUUGCCAGAACCAACAUAAGUACAGAGAUGGAAAAGCUACUCAAAAUGAAGGCUGAUUUUGAAACUGAAAAAAUACUGCAUGCCAAAGACACGGAGACGAUGGAACAACGACAAUCUGAGCAGAAAGUGUUGCAAGAUCACUUUAGGUCUUGUAUCCUGUCAAUGAGAAGAGUGACAGAUGAUUUAAAGGCAAAGUAUAAAAAGAAACUUGAGGACAUUGACAAAAAGGUUGUCAAAUUAGAAGCGAAAAAUGAAAGUAUGCCG